AUGUCACCCGCCAAGAAUCAGUCCCCGGAUCUGGAGGCUGCCCAAGACUUUGACAGUCGAAAGAGUCUGUUUUUCGUCAGCAAUGUACACUGCGCGUCAUGUGUCGCGUAUAUCACAGAAAUACUCUCCGAAGUACCAACAGUCAGGGAUAUCGAUGUCAAUAUCUUGACACAAGAAGUGCGCGCCAGCCACGCGUCCUCAGUCCGACCAACCGACCUCGUUGAUGCUCUAAUCCAAGCUGCAUUCGAAGUGCGCUACGUCACAACCUUCAACCACCAAGGAGAUAUCAUAACAGAGCUUGACACAUCGUCAUGGAAUCACCGUGGCUCGGCGGUGUUUCCAUCCCCGCGAGCUUCGGUUUCCAGCUUCUCCUCGAAUAUCAAAGAGCGACUUCAGACAAGCAGACACAAGCGACACAUCGCCAACUGCGAUGCUUGCAAGAAGGAGGAGAUUAUUAAUUCCCCUUGGGAUUCUCCAAGGGUAGACCUGGAGCCUUUGGCUGAAAAGCCUCACGCCAAUGUCCAGGAAUCAAAUCAGAGUUGUGAGAAGGAUCUUGGUGUUUCGGAUCUUGUUCCAUCACCAAAAAACAACGAAACAGACUCAUUUACCUCAACUUUGAGACUAGAAGAUGAAUACGUCGCUCAGAUCAGCAUUGGUGGAAUGAGUUGUGCAUCAUGUGCCAACAGUAUCACUGCAGAACUUCAACAGCUCGACUUUAUCAAAGAUGUCAAUGUCAACCUUCUCACAAACAGCGCGAGCGUGAAGUUCAUCGGGGUUCGUGAGAAUGCGCAAAAAAUCGUCGAGCAAAUUGACGAUAUUGGCUUUGAGGCGGCCCUCGACGAAGUCACCUCCACCACACCGGCGCCAGUCCCGGCAGACCCAUCUCUUAAGUUCGUCGCCGAUAUCGCCAUCACUGGCAUGACUUGCGGUUCCUGUGUCGGGGGUGUGACCCGAGGUCUCGAGGAGCUUCCCUUCAUUCAAAAUGUGACAGUGAAUCUCCUUUCGCAUAGUGGGAGGGUGGAGUUCGAAGGUCGAGAUAAUCUCGACAACAUCAUUGAGAAGAUCGAAGAUCUAGGAUACGACGCAGUUGUAACCAGCGUAUCAGCAGUGAAAAGCAACCCAGAUGUUGCUACGACGCAGGCUAGAACAGUCUCGAUUCGAGUGGACGGAAUGUUCUGUCACCACUGUCCACACAGUGUCCUUGGCGCUGUGGAAUCAGUUGCAGAUGUCACAAUAAUUGAGGCACUGACUGAAAAACAUCCUAUUCUCAAAGUCACCUAUACUCCACACCCGCCCUCUCUCACCAUUCGCUCAAUCAUUUCAGCCAUCCACUCAGCAAACGAUUCUUUCAGUGCAACUGUCUACCAUCCACCCAGUAUUGAAGACCGAUCGCGUGCGAUCCAGCAUCACGAACGAACUCGUUUGCUGUCGCGGUUGCUCUUCGUCUUCCUGAGUGCAAUUCCAACCUUCAUCAUAGGAAUUGUAUUCAUGUCUCUUGUCUCUUCCGAGAAUUCUGCCCGAGUCUAUUUGGAGCAACCAAUGUGGUCUGGUAGUGUGACACGUAUAGAGUGGGCACUGUUUAUCAUGUCAACGCCAGUCAUGUUCUACGGCACCGAUGUUUUCCACACCAGGGCUUUCAAAGAGAUUUACGCGCUAUGGCGCCCUGGAAGCCGUGUCCCGAUCCUUCGACGUUUCUACCGCUUUGGUAGUAUGAAUCUACUCAUCUCCGCAGGAACAUCUGUUGCCUAUAUCUCGUCCCUGGCAGUGUUGAUCGUCGAUGCGGUCGUCGGCACAAAAUCAAGUGCCCAUAGCACCACAUAUUUUGACUCUGUCGUUUUCUUGACUCUUUUCAUUCUUGCUGGUCGAUUCUUGGAGGCCUACAGCAAGGCCCGAACCGGUGAUGCUGUCACAUCUCUAGGAAAACUUCGUCCCUCUGGAGCACUCUUGGAUGAUGCUUCCACUGAGGACGGAGUGACCCGUACAGGUGUUGAUCUACUGGAGGUGGGUGAUGUCGUUAGUAUCCCCCACGGCGCCUCGCCCCCAGCAGAUGGAACUAUUGUCGACGGUGCCUCCUACCAAUUCGACGAAAGCUCGUUGACCGGAGAGUCGCGGCCAGUCAAGAAAUCAACCGAAGACAUGGUCUAUACCGGUUCGGUCAACGUCGGUCAGCCAGUGCGCAUUCAAAUAACCGAGCUGGGUGGCUCAUCGAUGCUAGAUCGGAUCAUUGCUGUGGUCCGUGAAGGACAGAGCAAACGCGCACCUCUCGAACGGGUGGCCGAUCUUCUCACUUCCCACUUUGUCCCAAUCAUCACCCUGAUCGCUGUCUCCACUUUUGUCAUCUGGUUGGCUUUGGGUAACUCAGGGGUUCUUCCCGCGGACUAUCUUGAUGUCGCACAUGGCGGUUGGACGUUCUGGGCUCUGGAAUUUGCAGUUGCAGUCUUCGUGGUUGCCUGUCCAUGUGGACUGGCGCUUGCAGCCCCUACUGCCCUGUUCGUUGGAGGUGGCCUAGCAGCCAAGCAUGGAAUAUUGGUCAAAGGCGGCGGUGAGGCGUUCCAAGAAGCAAGCCGCUUGAACGCGAUUGUGUUUGACAAAACCGGAACAUUGACCGAGGGCGGAAGUUUGAAAGUCUCUGAUCACGAUGUCUUAACCAAUGACACUGGAUUAGCCAAAGUGGCAUGGGCUCUGGCUCGGAAGAUGGAGGAAACCAGCAACCAUCCAAUUGCCCUCGCUAUAACAGAAUCUUGCAAAUCCCAGGACUCCGCCUCUGUCAAGUCAUCCGAUGUUCACGAGAUCUCUGGACAAGGCAUGAGGGGUACAUUCACAAUCUCUGGCCCUGAACAAGACGAGCAGUACGAGGGUGCAAUUGGCAAUGAGCGUUUAUUGCAAAGUCUGAUUUCCCCGGAAACCGACACCUAUUUUGUUUCCAACCUCUUGUCCAAGUACCAGUCAGCAGGCAAGUCGACAGCCAUCUUAUCACUCCGCAAGAUCACCGAUUCCACAACAUCCCCAUUCAUACCAGCCAUCAUCUUCGCAACCUCAGACACAAUCCGCCCCGAAGCCAUCGACAUCAUCUCUCAACUCGAAAAACAAAACGUGGAAGUCUACAUGUGCACCGGCGAUAACCAGAAAACCGCCCACGCUGUCGCAGAAAUGCUGGGAAUCUCUCGCUCAAGAGUAAUGGCCAAUGUCCUCCCCGCCGAGAAAGCGACUUUCGUUCGCCAGAUUCAAGAACGCUCAGAUAAUGGAACAAGCACUCCCAAAUCACGUCCGAUUGUCGCCUUUGUCGGUGAUGGUGUCAAUGACUCUCCUGCUUUGGCAGCAGCGGAUGUAAGCAUCGCCAUGGCAUCCGGAUCAGAUGUCGCGAUCAACUCUGCCAGUUUUAUUUUACUCAAUUCGGACCUCAGCACGAUCUUGCAGCUGGUUACGCUUAGUCGGCGGGUGUUCAAUCGUGUUCGUUUGAAUUUUUGCUGGGCGGUUGUUUAUAACCUCUGUCUGGUUCCUGUUGCUGCGGGAGUUUUCUAUCCCAUCGUUAGUGGACAUCAUGAGGUUUCCAUGGGUGGUGAGAUGGUCAUGGUGAAUGAUCAUUGGAGAUUGAGUCCGGUGUGGGCUGCACUGGCGAUGGCAUUAAGUAGUAUCUCUGUUGUUUUGAGCAGUCUGGCACUACGGAUUGAUAAAGAGAGUAUCAAAAAGAUGCUGGGGCGAUAA